AUGGCCAUGAGCUCGCCGAUAAGGAGGGAGACGAGGCGGAGUAAUAUCACAAUUCCGGCGACGGGAGCUAUCACGCGUGGAGCAAAGACAGGGAACGCGACAUCGAGGAUCGAGAUUAUGGCAACGAUGGCAAAGCUAAUCGACAAGAGGUCGAGGAAGAGUUUUGUCUUCUUGUGGUGGCGUGAUAUGUAUAAUUUGACGGCGUGA